GUCCGCGCUGGUUGUUGUCAGCGGUGGUUAUGGAGAUGAGAUGGGACUACGAGCUGUCAACAUUACGGUGAUGUUUGUGUGUCCAUUUGAGGGAUGCCCAGAAAGAUAGGAUUCAUUGUGGUCAACUCUUCAAGUCAUGAGGACAACUUCAGUGCCAAGGAGCUCAUGGUCCAUGCACCCACAGUCAAUGGCUGGAGAUCCAGCAGGCUCUGCUCCUACCCUCAGCACAUCACCCUCCAGCUGGUGGAGAGAAGUAGAGUGAGGAAACUGCAGCUGCUGGCCCACCAGUACUUGAUCCCAGCGAAGGUGGAGUUCCACAUUGGAGACACCCUCCCUGAAACCAGCACAUCAGGUUUCCCUGGGCAGCUUCGCAGACUCGGGUACGUGUCUUUGUCGGACAAUGAGAAGACAGGCUUCAAAGCUCGGGAGCUGAAAUCAGUCCAUGUAGAUGCCAUCGGAACAUACCUGAGAAUAACCUUCCAUAGGAGCCAUGUCAACCAUUAUAAUCACCACAAUCAGGUUGCUUUGGUUGCCAUUAAUGUUCUGGGAGAUUCUUUGGAUGGCAAUGCAUUUAACACUAUUCCAAGCAGAGAGCAGCUGAUCGAACACUACCUCAACAGUACCCAGCUGGAAGUCGCCUUGGACUCGACCUUCAUGGGUAAAUGUGAGUCUAUCUCUCCCUUGGACGACCUGGCCUUCGACAUGUACCAGGACCCCGAAGUUGCCCACAUUAUCCGACUCCUGGACCAAAAGAAGCAGGACAUGGUCCGGCAGGAGAAAUACGAGCAGGCUAAGAAUCUGAAGCAGGCCAUUGCAGACCUGCAAAAGGUGGGGGAGCGUUUGGCUCGAUAUGAUGUGGAGAAGCGAUGUGCCAUCGAAAAGGAAGACUAUGACCUGGCCAAAAAGAAGAAGGAGCUGAUGGAGGAGUACAGGAGGAGCGUCUACCAGCAGCUGGAAGUCCACAACCUGCUGGACAUGGCAAUGGUAACACAGGCUGCAGAUUCAUCCCCAGCCCGGGAUCCUCCCUCCCUUCUACCUUCUCCAGGUCACCGUUCAGUCCCCACCAAGCCCCUUGUGUCCACAGACACAUUCAGGAAGGGGAAAAAAACAAACGCUCCUCAGAACAAACAGUCAGACACAGAAAAUGUUCUGCCCAAACUAAGCAGCCAACCUGACACACCGUGCACCCCUGCUGCUCUACCUAAGAUAGACGGUACCAGUGUGCCUUAUGAUGAGAGGCCGCUACCAGCCCUUCAGGGGAAAGAACGGCUUGUGGAGGCCACUCUGAGCCCUGCAGAGCAGCUCUCCCACCAACCUGACGCCCAAGGGACUCCACACAGCCCUGAGAUGAGCGGAGAGCCAGAGCCCCUGACAGAGAAGGCCCAGAGAGAGGCUGGCCUUCCAAUAGAAGUCUUUGGAGAAAGCCUGGUGGCUGGGGCGUAUUCUAAAACCUGGUCCUACAGGGAGGAUGCUCUCCUGGCUGUGUACAAGAAGCUUUCAGAGUUAUCACCCACCACCCCAAAGGAGGAGCUAAGAAACAUGAUAAGAGCUGCAGUCUUUCUGGUCAAGAAGGCCCUUCUGGAUAAAGUGUCAUCUGUUUUCCAUGCCUCCUUGAAGUUGCUGCAGCUACUGCUGAGCCAGCUGAUCCCAGGUCUCGGGCUGGGCCGGGCAGAGCUGACUCACUGCAUAGAUCAGACUUGGCUCAACCUGCUGGCCAGGACUGGAGACUCAGCCAGCCGCCUCCGGGGCAUGGCCAUUGCCUGCAUACAGGAAAUUGCUGCUUUGAAAGAUGUACGCGCCCUGCAGGUAAUCCCUGGCGAGUUGGUGAAGCCCUUCAAAUCCAACUUCCCCUCUCGUCUGGCUCAGAGUCGGGCCGAGCUGCUCGAGAAGCUCCUCGCUGAACUGGGAACAGAGAACUCUGGCUUCACCCUGGACAAUGUCAUGAUGUUCUGUACAGCAGCUUUGGAGCACAAUACACCAGAGGUGCGAGAGCUGGCAGUGCGCGUCAUAUUGUCCAUGUACCAGCAGCACAGAGCUGCUGUUCUCCGCUACCUUCCACCCAACGACACUGCUGCGCGGAAGAACUUUCUCUACAAAACCCUCUUUGAUGGCUUUGCCAAGAUUGAUGGAAAGCUGGUGGACACUCAGACUCUAAAGAAGGGAGGUGGUCAGCCGGAUGGGCAAAAAGAGAAGGAGGAGAUCCACUCUCUUCAGGAGCAGCUGGCUGCCUUAAAAGAGAUCACAGAGAGAGGAAAUGAAAGCACCAAAGGACACAUUCCCAAGAAAGAAGCUCCCAAAGUUGAGUCCCAAAAAGCUGGCAAAACAACUGUCACAAAAGUGCCGCAGAACAAGAUAACGGACAGUAUAGACAUCCAAAAAUCUAUCAACUAUCUGGACAACUUGUGUAUAUUCUGCGGUAAAAAGGACGAGUCAUUCACAGAGGAUGGAUUGGACCUUCACUACUGGAAACACUGUCCUAUGCUGAAACGCUGCGAUGAAUGUAGACAGGUAGUCGAGAUAGCCAGCCUCACGGAGCACCUACUGGGUGAAUGUGAAAGCAAGUCCAAGUUCAGCCAGUGCCCACACUGCUCAGAGGCCGUGCCCACUGAAGAUCUGACUCGCCAUCUCCACGGUCCCGCCUGCAACUCCUCUAUCUCGGGUAAAGGCUCCAACCACUGUCCUUUGUGUCACAACAACUUCAUGCCUGGAGAGAAGGCCUGGAAGGCUCACCUCAUGGGCAGGGAGGGCUGUAAACAAAACUCACGCAGGACUGCGGUGUCCCAGAGAACCCAGCCAGCACAAGGCAGGGCUGUUGGUGGAGCCAAGCUGAUGCAGGCCUGGUCGGUCGGGGCCAGAGCCAGAGCCAUGGGCCAAGGCAGCCGGAUCCCAGCCCUGGCACCCCUGGCCAGAGGACAUACACCAGGGAAGCACUGAAAGUGGUUCGAAGCACCCAAGGGGAGGAGCCCAACAGCAACAGUCAGCACUGUAGUAACCCCAGCCCACUCUCAUGUUUCCUUAACCCACGCUCCUGCAUAUCAGAACUUUUAGAAAAGACAUCUGAUAGGGUUUAACACAUUGUUAAGAUUACCAAAAAGGGAAUAACUCCGUCUUAUCAGCCUAUGUACAAACAUUACAGCAUGGUGUUGUAGAUCCACUUAUUGAGACACUGUAUAUCCAUGUGAACACUGUGUGCUGUUUGAUGAUAUGUCCUCACAGGAUGGCUCAGUUUUUUUAUUUUUCACAUCGCUCACUGCCAUUUGAAGUCACCGUGGUGGGGAAUUGUACAGCUGUACUUCCAUUAUGUUUUGAUGACUCACAAAAGACAUAAUAAAAUAAAAAAUAAUAAAAAACAAUAAAAAAUAAUGCCUAAUGGCAUCUUCUCGUUAGACCCUCAGUUUGCAAUGCAGGUUUCUCUUAUGAAUGUGUUGUCACCAAACCCAAGCUGAGAUGACCCUGAUGACAUCACUAUGACAUCAUUAGGGUUAUUGUAUCAACUUGACAAAGGUAGUAAACUAACCGUUCUACACAAGCUAUGCAAUGCUGCUAUAAUUGUGAACAUUUUAUUAAAAUGCAAAUUGCAAAAAAAAUAAACAAUACAAAUAUUUUUAGCAUUGUAUUUCAUAUUUAGACCAGAAACUCUUCAGUAAAACCCAGGAUAUAAAUAGAACUACAAUUGAAGUGACCACUUCCCAUGCAUAACUAGAGUAGUAGCAUUAAAUAUGUAGUCAAUUACUAAAUCUUACCAAGUGGACAGUGACGGCACCUGAUACUCCGAAACACUCCUCUCCUCGUAGAUGCAGUAAGGCGAGGAGAGGAGGAAUGAGGUUACCAGAAUAAGACUUUUCUUCCUUGGCAACACUCCAGCAUCCUAAAGCCAAGGUAUAGUGUAGCUUCACUGUUAGCUUCACGCUUUGCCAUCUGUUUACAUUUAACUUUUCAUUUCUUGUCGUAUAUAUAAAUGAUAUUGAAGGAAUGAAGUAGCACUUUGCCAAAUAGAUGAUGCUGAAUUUUCAGUACAGUAUGGACCUAAUGUAUCUUCCUGCUUAAUGCCUAUUGACAAUCUUGAGUAGAUAGCACAGUUUUAUAUGCUCUAUUAGUCCAGUGAGAAAGUCAAUGUAGACGUAAGUAUUCAAAUGAAACAAUGGAGAUGAAUGUACUGUAUACAGCACCUAUUUUUCUUUAACUUGAUUUCUGCUGAAUAUGACCAACCAACCGUUUUAAGCCCUUCAGUGGCUUUAAACUGAUUCAAUCACAAACUAGAGUUUGACAAUAAUUUGCUAGAUUUAUAAUAAAUGCUAUCUUUUUACUACUUGUAUUGCACAGUGUUAUGAUGAUGUUGAUUGUAAAUAUGUGUGAUUCAUCCACAGCCGAGAAGAACUAAAGUAUCUGAGGUCUUUUUGAAUAUUCUUUUUCAAAUUGUAAUAUUAGUAGGGUAAAUGUUUCACUGAUUUGUGUUUUUAGUUUGAACUUCCCAAUCCAUCACGUUGGAUUUAAUGUGCUUCUGUAUUGAGGACUAUUGCAACAGUGGAUGUUAUUCAUGUUUUUACGUGCAUAGUAGUCAGUAUUUUCUUAAUAAUAAGUAUGGCAUCAAAUGGCUAUUUUUUUCUGCAAAAGUAUCUGUAUUUGUUUAAAUAAAGCCACAUUAA